CAGCCACACUGAUAGUCACAAUAGAAAAUAAAGCCUUUUCAUUUGUUUUAAAUAGUGGUUUUUAUUUGCAAAAAGGCCAGCCCUGCCCUUACAAAUAUGCCUAUUCGAGAGCCGAAAGUGUUGUCCGUCUAGACAGCUUGAGGUUCGAACUAAUGAUGAGUGUUAACAGUGCGAAUUGUGCGGAUUUACCAGAGUAGUAUACAAUUUUUUCGUGAGCUACGAAAAAUUUUCCCCGUUCUUGGGACGCAUGAAAAAUGGCGGCUUCAGAAGGGCCAACAAAUCCAAUUCAAACCGAGGCGAUCUCGGAGGAGUGCAAGGAUGACGAUGCCAUGACCUCCACGCACCAUACGUGCGCCAACGAUCCCGACUUUGCUGUGAUUUGUGCGUUUUUGCAAAAAUUCGCCAAGGACUUGGGCCUAAACUUGCCGAAUUUCAAACAUUUGCAGGACUGGUUGACCAACAACGAUGAAGUUACCGAACUAAAGGACUUGCACAUAAAACUGCUAAGAAAAACCCGAAAGACGGUUCAUGAGAAGAGCUGGGAAUCGGCCCUUAGCAAAUUUUGCUUUGGUUAUUCUGUACAGGAUGCCUGGGAGGUAGAACGCUUCGGAUACAAAAACUCCAGCCUCCGGGUCAAGCUGCGAAUACUCCGGGAACUUUUGGAGAGCCAGUUCGAGCGCAAUGCCAAAUUCCGUGCCCACAUCCUUACCUUAAAUGCGAAUACCCUGCGAUCGGAGCCCAUUGGGAGAGAUCGGUUGGGGCAUACCUACUGGCUGACGCAGGACGCAGACUGCAACCUGCGCAUCUACCAGGAGCACCUCGACGAAGAGAUCUGGCAGGUGGUGGCCACAAACCGGGAGGAGUUUGUCAAUCUCAUCGCUAGGCUACGCGGCAACGAGGUUGUGCUGCCGUCCAAGGACAUCGGAGAGGCCGACGAGGACACCAGCAGUAGCAAUAGUUGCCCGGAUAAGCCGCCACCCCCCGAGGAAAAGGAGGAGGAGGAGGAUGAUGAGAACGACAAAGAGCCCGAGGAACCGCCUGUAAAGGCGAUACCCAACCUGAAAAUCAAGCUUCGAUCCCCAGAGCAAGAGGAGCAAAAGACCAAGAAGGUCAAGCCCCUGCUCAUCAGCCAGGCCAAACUAAGCGGCACUGCCUCGCCCGCUCAAGUCAAAAAACGUUCUGUCGAAGAGGUGGAUAGCAGUCCCACCGCUUCUCAGGAGCAGCACCAGCUGAAGAAGUACCGCCCGACUCUUCUAGACGCAAAGCGCAUAAACAAACCAAGUCGCUAUGAGAGCUCCAAAAUAGAAAACGAAGGAGAGUCUGGAGAGGAGGAGGAGGACGAUGAUUCCGAACUGGAUGAGGCCGAGGAGGAGGAAGAAGAGGACAUCGACAGCGCUGCGGCUGACAUCGAAGAGGACGACGAUGACGACGAAGAAAUAGGCGAGGCCAUUGAAGAACCAACUAUGGUGGUUAAAGGCCAAGGAUCAGGACGCGAUUGUGACGCAGUUCCCACAAACCAAAUCUGCGAAUUGCCAUUUCAGUUCGAAUGCGAGGAACUCCUAUUCAGUGAAGUAGUGGAGGACCCCGUGAUGCAUGUUAUUGGUCAAGGAAGUGGCCACGACUGCCUGGUGGGAAACGGGAAAAACGAUGCUGCCGAAGGGGAGACGACGACUGAGCAAUCGGAGCCCAAGGCGACAUUCUUCUUCGGCGAACCAGGCUGCCUGAAGCUGAGUCCAAUAAAGCAAACCUCAAAGCCAGAAACGAAGCGCAGCAUCUUCGACAGCCUGAGUGAGGAGAAAACCAAUGGAGAAAGUGAGAAGCCCAAAGAGGAAUCUUUGCCAGCCAAUGACACUCGACCCACGACGAUUUCUAAAGAGUCUCUGCCAACACCAGCUCCUUCCCACAAAUCGAGUGAAGCGCCUGAAAAAGAAACUAAUUCAAAAGAAAUACUAAAAGAAGAGGAAGUUCCUGCGGCAAAUGAAGUCCCUCGGGAUUACAAAAUCAAAGUAAUUGAAACUAGCUCUGCUUCAACCAAACCUGAAGUCAAAGAAGCUGCUCCAGAAACCACGGCUCCAUCGAAAAGUGCUGCAGACGCUGAACACAAGGCUGAAGAAAGAGACGUUCUACCUCGACCGGAUGAAAGCCUUAGAGAUGCAGACUCAAAACACACAGAAGAGGCUCCAAUUAAAAACAGUCUGGCUUUAAAGACAGAUCAUGAACUCCCACCAGACCAAAAGCGGACGAGAACUGACGUGGAGAGCGAACGAAGUAGCUCUAAUGAUGAUGGGAGUGUCAAUAACUUGCCCGCACCUACCCGAGAACCUAGCCAAACUAAGAGCAAUACAUCCUUGGAGGAAACCAUCCCAACGCCACCAGAAAUUCAAGAAGACGCAAAAGUGGUUCCUGACGAAUCUGUUACCCAAAAAGGACCCACUCCAGAGCAGACUAAUCAGAUAUUAGAGGGAAAUACUGGCGACAAGACAAUAAAAAAGAGCAAUGCCUCUCCAGAUAUUGAAAAGAUAUCGGACCAAGUACAAAACGAAUUGCCCAAUACUGUCAAGAGUCUAGUUUCCAAAGAAAACGGGAGUGGAGAUGUGGAAGGGAGUGACGCAAAGCCCAAGCCCAAUGAUGAUUCAGUACCUAAGCCUCCUUCGCCUGCGGCAGCUAGCAAAGAUUGCCUUCAAUCAAGAAAUCGCAAGCGACGUCUCAACGAAUGCGACCGCAAUCUCAGAAACUCUACCUCGGAAAGCGAAGUUCUGGAGGAUGAGCACAAGCAGGCCCAGGAGGAAGAAGCUAAUCAAGACGAUCUGGACGUGGGCGGCAAACGCAUUAAGAUGCGCCCGAAAAUCACAAACGUGGAGUCCAGACGUAAGGUGGAGGCCCAGAAGACCCAAAUCGAGGAGACGACAUCAUCAAGCGGUGAGGAGGAUCCCCGGAGUCGGCAUAAGAUUGCUGCUCCCAAGAGAAACUUGGAGAAGUCUCCUCCCACCAAGCAAAAACCCACGCUGGCGGAGAUUAUCGAAAAGAAGCUUAAGAAGACGCCGGAAAAGGAACCCUCUGAAGUCAGUUCCAUAAGAGGUGGAGCGGAGACAACACCUCUUAAGGAAGCUACACCUCCGCCCACAUCCUUCAGUCCCCCAAAGAAGUCCCCAGUGACGAAGCCUCUAAAGAAAAAUCUCCUCACGCAACUGCGGCAGGAAGAGAGCGAUGAAGAGCCUGUGCCUCGAAAGCGAACCAAUAGCGAAACCACUGUGCCUUUGAUCCCAACUCCGAGUACCUCACUCGGCAAGUCAGAGGAAUGUUACCGCAAACGUCGGAGCAGCGACGAAGCCAAGGACUCCGCCUCGAAAGAAUCCUCUCCCAGCGAUGUGACUGCCUCCGUUGCCAAUGAAAAGCUUAAACGAAACGAAGAGAAGAGCGUCGACAAAGCCGAGGAUCCUCAAGAGCUGGCGUCCAAAGAGUCUUCCCCUCCUGCCAAGGAAACAUCCGUGCCUCCUGAAGGAUCAGCUCGUCGCUCUGGCCGGCGCGGAGGAGCCGCCGUUGUCUAUUCUGAACUUCCCCAACCGAAAAGGACAAGGGGUGGCUCGAAAGAGAAGCCUCCGCCUGAGGAUAAAGCUAAGGAGGAGUCCGAGGAGGAAGAUCAUCCAGAGAAGUCUCCACCCAAAACAAUGUUGAAGUCCAAAUCAGAGAUUAAACGGAAAUCUUCGGGUGAGGAACCUGCGAAGAAGUCACCCGUUAAAGAGGAGGCAAUCAAGGAGGAAGACGACAAAGAAGAUCCAAUCAAAGAAGAAGACGUCAAGGAAGAUUCAAUCAAGGAGGAACCAAUUAAGGAAGAAACAUCCAAGGAAGAACCAAUCAAAGAGGAUGCCAAGGAAGAGCCGAAACCAAAAGUUGGACGAGGUCGUGGUCCCCGAAAGAAGCGUGAGGUGGACACCACUAAUAUCAUUGAGGCCAACGAUUCCGAGACUCCAGUGCGCCAGUCCCGCCGCAUAGCCCAGCAGAAGAUCAAAGAGGAAGCAGAACGGCGCAAGCUGGAGGAGGUUGCCCUGCGCUCCAUGAAGCAGGAGCUCAAGAAAAAGAAGAAGGCCGAAAAAGAGGCAGAUCCCACAGUGCUAGAGCCGUCGGGCGAAGAGUCUGAGUCCGAGGCCAGUGAAGCCGAAGAGGAGGCUCGCAGCAAAAAGAAGAAGAAGUGCCCCGGAAAGGAUGGCUGGUCAUCCGACUCGGAGGAGCAGCCGGAGAGCGAAGAGGAAGAGGAGGAGCCCCCCCACUACGAGACUGAUCCAGGCUCGCCGCUCUUUCGCUCGGAUCACGAGUUCUCACCGGAGUCUGAGCUGGAGGACGAGUCCCAGGUGGUACCUAUGAAGCGAGCGCGAACUGUGCGCAAGGAGAACGCGGAUGACCAGAGCGAUGAUGCAGAGGAGGCGUGCCAGAAGUGCGGCAAGUCCGACCACCCCGAAUGGAUUCUUCUGUGCGACACCCCGGCCUGCAACAAGGGCUACCACUGUUCCUGCCUUUCUCCGGUUCUCUUCUACAUACCUGAGGGCGACUGGCACUGCCCGCCCUGCCAGCAGGAGCAACUCAUUGCCGCCCUGGAGCGUCAGCUGCAGCAAUUCGACUCCAUGGUGGCGCAGAAGGAACAGGAGCGGCUGCUGGCCGAGGAGCAGGCCGAACGCGAGCGGCAGGCGCAAGAGGCGUCCACCAAGGCGGCUGAGGACGACGAUUCGAGGGAGGAGGAUGAGGACAACGAAGAUGAGGAGGAGGUGAAGAAGGCCAGCAAGGCGGACAAGGUGAAAAGGCGAAGGGGCGAUGGCCGCAGCAAUCGGCGAGCGGCUAAGCGGGGCACCCGGCGAAGGCGCGGCAACGAUUCCGAUUCGAGUAAUGGAAAAUAUGAGAGCAGUGGUUCCGGCUCCAGGUCCGGCACAGGAAAGCGCUCCGGCUCUAGCAGCGGCAGCAGCAGCAGCUAUUCGGACUCGGACGACGAGCCCAUCUACAAGCUGCGCAAACGGCGGCAGAUCAACGUGAGCUAUCGACUGAAUGAGUACGACGACCUCAUCAACUCGGCGCUCAAGAAGGAAAUGGACGAGGUGGCGGGAGCUGGAAACUUGGGCCGCGGCAAGGACAUCUCCACCAUCAUUGAGGCCGACAAGGAGAAGGCACGGAAGGAAGAGACCUCUUCGGACGAAAAGAAGCCGGAGAAAGAGGGCGACGAGUCCGACAAGCCAAAGGAAAAGGCCAGUGACGACGGCGCCAGCAGCUCCGAAGAUGAGAUUCUCGUCCAGCGCAACAAGGUCAAGCAGCCGCCGGCCAAGAAGAAGUCCCGGAAACUGACGACAUUGGAUGUGAGCAGCGAGGAGGACAAUGGCAGCGACGAGGACUUCAAGACCUCCAGCUACUCGGACGAGGACACCUCGCAGUCUGGAUCCGGGGACUCUGACUCCAGCUUGGAGGUGUACAGGCGUCCAGGACGGGGAAAGAAGCAGAGGAAGGCGGCUAGAAGAGCGGCACGGGAGAGGCGGAAGGACCGAAAGUUCGUCGUGGAAGGAAGCGACGAGAGCGAAGAGGAGGAGCCACAGCGGAGCACCAAGUCAAAGAAAAAGAAGAAGGAGGACUCCGACUAUACGGAGACAGAAACGGAGGACGACGAGAACGGGUCGGACCUCUCCGAGAACGUGGACAGUGCCGACUUGUGCGACGACACCACCUCUGAUAGCGAUGACGGUGCUUGGCGUCCAUCCUCCAAGCGCAAGAAGGCGUCGGGCGCCAAGAAGUCCAACGCAGGUGGCAUUGCCCGAAAGUCGCCCAAGUUGAAGAAACCCUUUGCCCAGACUGCCAAGAAGGCCAAGCGCUUGGAGUACUCGGACGACGAUAUUAGCGAAAGUGAGCCGGAAGACGAUGACGACGAUGGUGAGGAGGACGCUCCGUUGUCGGGAAAGGGCUCUGGCAAGCAGCCGCGUUCUCAGCCUCUGAAACCGACUGGAGCUGCCGCACCGUCGGGCAAGGGUAAGAGCAAACCGAAGCCCAAGAAGAAGAAGCCGCCUUCGUCCAACGAUGAGGAGGAAGGUGCCGCCUCUGAUGAUCGAACUCGCACCCGGGGAAGACGAUACGCUUAUAUUGAGGAGGACGACGACAGCUCCGAUGGAGGAAUUAAGCCGGGCGUCCACAGGCCGGAUACUCCGCCGGAGGAGCGACAGAAAUUCAUCCAGCGGCAGGAGGAAAUCAAACGCAUGCUGGCCGAGAAGAAUGCCGAAGGAGCCAAGCUCGCGGCCACACCGCGUCUCACGCCUAUCAAGGGGGCUUCGGGUCCUGGCGGAGCCGAGAAGCGGACUCCCGUAAAGGCAGCUGGCGGUGGAGAUUCCCUGUCCACAGUUCCUCUAUCGGUUAUUCGGCAGGCCAAGGUGCUGGACAUUGAUUACCUGCAGCGCAAGGGCGAGACGAUCGGCGAUCUGGAGGACGUGGAUGAGUCAGAGCUGGAUGACGCAGAAUUGCCUGACGACCUACCUGAGGACAUGGAGGACGCCAUUGCGCGUAUGGUCGAGGAAGAGGAACAGUUUAGCGCGGCUGUGGCCGCCAGGGAGUUGCCCGGAGCUGAGGAGGUCCUGCGCACUACGCCUUCAAAAGCGAAGCAGGCUAGUAAGAGUGCGCCCGAGGCUGCUCCUGCGGCUCCGGUUCCUGCUCACCCACCAGCUCCAGCUCCCAGUGCAUCUGGCUUACAGGAGCCUAUGCGGAAGCGUCUACCAAUGCCCACAAUGCAUCCGCCGCUACUGAGACAUGCAUUCCCGCACUCCGGUGGUCAAGGUCCACCUCACUCUCUACUUCCACCCCAGUCGAUGCACGGAAUGCACCCAAUGUUGCAGCGCCACCUGUCCCAAGCCGUGCCGCCACCGCAGACCAUGCAGCUACUUCAGAACGCCCUCUCAGCUCCCCUGGGCCAGCCGAUCAGUCGAGGCAACUAUCCCCCUGCGCCGCCGUCUUCUCAACACUUGCCCCUAGUCAUGUCCAUGCCCUCGGCUGCUGCGGCGGCGGCCCACAUCAUGCAAUCUGUCGCCGCAUCAGCCGCGGCCCGUCCUCCAGAUGCUCCAGCUGGGAAUGCGUCCUCGGACUCGAAACCCCGCGGCAGGCGGAAAAAGGUGACUCCCCUCCGAGACCAGUUGCAAAAGCAACAGGCUGCUGCAGCAAUGACUGCGGCUACGUCUUCGGUGGCUCCAGGAACAGGAUCAGUUCCAGCACCAAAAUCCAAGGGGCAACCGCUCAACGCCAGCGCUCCAACUACUGAGGCUCCAGUGAUUCCGCGGAUGCCACCACACCUUCCCCCGCACCAUGGCCGGCCGCAUGGACACGGCCCACCUGCAGGCAUGUUUCCCACCACCACGGACUUGGCGAGGUUUUAUGGACAGCCGCCGAUUCCACCCACUGCUGGAUCCCGUUCCCCUUCGUCGUCGCCAGGCCCGCCGCGCCACCUACUGCGACCCCCGAUGCCACCUGGCCUGCCUCCCUCCCACUCCACUCUGCGUCCUACGUACGGACCUCCGCCGCCGCUUCGGGGCUCAGUGCCACCCACCUCCACGGCUAGUGUAGGCUCGCAGAAUCCACGAGCCCCGUUCCUUCAUGGUGCGGAGCAUCACGGUGGACCGCCAGGUCCCUCGAUGGCUGCAGCCUACGCCUCUGGACCGCCACCCGCCAGACAUGCAUCGCCUCAUCUAAAUCCUUACAGACCACCUCCCACCAUCUAUGGUAAUCCCAAUUUCCCACCCCGUGUAAAUGGACCACCAGGUGUAGGGAGUUUGCGACCCGGAUCCGUGGACUAUGCCGCCGGACCACGUGCAUAUCCUCCAUAUGGCUAUUACCCUCCACCCCCUCCACUGACAACCACAUCCGCUCAUGCAGCACCUAGCUCGGUAAUCGUGAGUGCUCCGCCCUCAUCCACGCCUACAAAUCAUUCGGUGUCUGCCUUGACGAGAGACAAGUCCCCAGCGGCAGGACCUCCAACGCAGCCGCCGGCACCCUCUCCCGAAGUAGCCGCUGCACCUACGAUCCCCGUGGAGGGCAGCAGUCUCAAGCCGACUUCGGUGAUAACGAGCAAAAAACUGACCACCCUGGAGGCAUACACCAUCCAGAAAUCUCCAAUGGCUGUAGUGGGUGCCACAAACUCACCAGCACCCAUUGCCGAGGAGGACUCCGGGUCACCGCGUGAGGCCGGAGCACUACCACCGGGCCCGGGCGCACCCGCUGUGGGAGAGUUCAGCGGGCUGGUGAGCUACUUCAGCUCCCAGCAGGACGACUAUGACACAUAACUAACAUCGCCGGGCGCAUAGAGAUCUGUAAAUAGUGUUGCCCAUGCAUGUAGGAUCGGGCGGAUUGAUUUCCUUAGCUAAACUAGUAAAGUUUUCCUAAUGUAAUCCCUAUUUUAGAAAUUCACACCAAAACUAUCCGAUCUACUCCAAAACUUUUAAAAAGUUUAUUUUCUAAUCGGAUAUUCAAGUUAGAAACCCUGACAACUUAUUUCAUUAAACCCGACAGAGCUUCAUUAUAAGCUUGUGUGGACUCCUUCGAGAAUAAAUCCUAAUAUUAUUCAAAAAUUACCUACCGUCUUGGAAUAAAUCGACCCGCCCCUUUUGAAAAAAAAGAUGAUUACACCGGAGUGUGUAUCUGCAUGGAAUGUAACUAUGGUAUGCUUUAGGCCACUUAUUGGAAAUUCAUUCCCAAACGCAAUCUACAAAGUGCAUAUAAGGUGUUGAAGCAUUAUUGAUUCUCAUUUUAAGAAAUAUAUAUAUUUUAAUUUCUAAUAAUCUUCAGAGCCAGUUAUAUAAACAAUUAUAUUAAUUUUAGGCGCCUUUACUUUAUUUGUCGACUAUCUUAAUUUAUAUGAUUUCUUUAGCUAAAGCGAAACAUCAACUACUUGUAGUAUUCUAAUUUUAGAUGUAAAUUGUACAAGUUCUAACGAAAUACAUACGCAUAAGUAAUCUAUGAUCUAUGAUACAUACCAUUAAAACUUAACACGAAUAACAAGAAAACUUGUGCAUAAUCUGAACUACAGGUAAAGAAAGAACAACCUACAUUCAAGGCAGCGUCUGACUUGCUUUAGCAUGUAUACUUAUGAUAAUUUAACUAAUUAAACAACUUAAGCAAUUAACAACCGAAUGCAGCGCAUUAUAUAACAAAUAAACCUACCUAAUCAUGCAAACAGUGCAAACGGUAUUCUGAUAAUGAGAGAAAACAAUAAAAUCAUUUAUCAUUAGUUGAAAAAAU